UUGUCCGGUAAUCCCGUAUGAUGGUUGUAGGCUGGGGAAAAGACAUCAAUAUUGAUGAUGGAAUAGCAUUUGCUGACUCGCCAGCCAUAUGGUGUGAUGUGUGUUGAAAUCACCGUGAGGUCACAGGGAGGCGGGGAGAGAGUGACGGAGGGCUCUGAGAGGAGAAAGGGACGCUAGAGCGCUUUCAGGAUAAAUCUAACCUUGCGACCAAGCUGUUAAAUAGUAGUCUCUUGACGAGCCAGUUGCUGUAAGAGCAGAGAACAGCAUCCCUUUAACUGGAUGCAGAACAUCCCACCUCCCCCUGUAUGACGCCACGGAAGAGCGGGCGUGCGAGAGAGAGCGCCGCUGUGUGUAUGGCGUAACCAGGGAGGCGUCCCGUGGCUCUGGAAGCUCAGCGGUAAGGCUGUGGGUGCCGGUGCCGCCGUAACCCCCGUAUGGAACGGAGUUGUAAGCAGUCCGCGAUGGCGAUGGGCUUGUCGUCCAAGAAGGGAUGCUCACGGAGUGUCGCGGUGGAACGCAAAAAUCUCAUCACCGUUUGCAGGUUUUCUGUGAAGACGCUACUGGAGAAAUACACAGCGGAACCCAUAGAUGACUCGUCCGAGGAGUUCAUGAACUUUGCUGCCAUAGUGGAACACGUUCUCAGCCAUCGCUUCAAAGGUUCAGGAAGCUGGUUCGAUGGCCAGAGGAGCUUCUGGGACUUCAUCCGGCUGGCGUGCAGUAAAGUCCCUAACAGCUGCAUCAGUAGCAUCGAGAGCAUGGAGAACAUCAACACCUCCCGGGCCAAGGGUAGAGCCUGGUUGCGGGUGGCCCUGAUGGAGAAGCGCCUGUCGGAGUACAUGGCCACAGCUCUCAGGGACAGCCGCACCACAAGGAGGUUUUAUGAUGACGGUGCCAUCAUGCUAAGGGAGGAGGCGUCCGUGCUGACAGGCAUGCUCAUCGGACUCGGAGCCAUUGACUUCAGUUUCUGUCUGAAGGGAGAGGCACUGGAUGGGAAAACUGAAGCGGUCAUAGACUACACCCCCUACCUGAAGUUCACACAGAGCUAUGACUACCUGAGUGAUGAGGAGGACCGGCGGAGCGUGGACAGCACCAGCAGUGAUGAGAGCACAUCCGAGCAUCCUUACGUUCCCCUGUUGACCGAGGAGGAGAGCUGGCGCAGCAAGUGCCGUAAGAUGGAGCAGCGCUACAAGAUCGUCUACGCCCAGAAGGGGUACCUGGAGGAGCUGGUUCGUCUGCGGGAGUCCCAGGUGAAGAACCUGGAGGUGGAGAACAAACGCCUGAGCUCACGGCUGGAGGAGGUGCAGAACCAGAACGAACAGGAGAAGAGGGAACUAGAGGGGGUAGUUCUGGAACUACAGGAACAGCUGACGAGCCUUAUUCCCUGUGACCCCCGUCAGUUCUCUAAAGACCUGCCCGUCCCCCUGGUGAACCAGUGGCCCUUGCUCGGCCCCUUCAAUAACGAGACAGACGACAAGCUCUUCCGCAGGGGGAGCUUUCCCAGUCCUGAUUCCCUCUCAGUAACAGUCAGCCUGGACUCAGAGCCUCAGAGGGCCGAGGUCAAACCCAACGGACAGGCCUGGUGUGCCCUAACAGAGAAGAACUACACCGGCUCCAUGCUUGGUUUGCCCAGCUGUAAGUCUCUGCCCAGCCUCAGGUCUACCGAGUGCCUGGUGAACAUCAGUGCCGACCCCAGCCCUGCCCUCACCCCCAGCUAGGGGGCGCUACUGAGCGGCCGGGAGUCCUCACACACUCGCCACGCCACACCACGCCACGCCACGGGUGAAACCAUGUGACCAAGAGUUGACCUCAGAGGAUUCUGGGACGGACGGACGCUGCGCUCUUGGGAGAAGUUCACAGACUUUUUGGGACUCUUUUUUUGUUUGUUUGUUUGUUUGUUUGUUUGUUUGUUUGGAUCGGUUGGUGUUGUAGAUUAGAGCUAGACCAAGAUGGCUGCUAGUGAGACAGACUUCCUGCUGGGGGUGGGUCCUCUGUGUUCAUCUCUGCUGUCACAUGGUUCCACCAGCGGAACAUGGAACGUGAUUCCUCCUGUAGACCGGUGCCUGGUCUGUGUUCUAGAACCUUUGCUCUCCCCUGGACUGAGCUGUAUUGUGAUUGGCCGAAGACUGGGAGGAGGCAGCCGCAAAAGGAACAUGGAACUCUCCUGGUGGAGCCUCGGCAACAGGCUAUGAGUCUGUUAUAUCCCUUUAUAUACAUUUAAAGAUGUUCUAUACACACACACACACACACGCACACACACACACACACACACACACACACACACCACACACACACACACACACACACACACACACUGAUUACCAUACAGGCAUCACACCACAGGCAGCAAACACAAACGCGUAACAUUCACACAUACACACAGCCCAGAUGACAUGCAAGCUAUCUCACUGCAAGUAACAGACACAUAAUCACACAUUCAUUAGGGUGUCUCAUACCACAGACAACACACACACACCUGCACACAUAGUCACACACAUUCCGAACAUUUAACUUGCGAGUACCACACCACAGGUAACACACACACACACACACACACACACACACACACACACACACAGGGGUAUACACACACAUUCACACACAAACUUCUCCUAACGCAGGCAUUCCAGACAGAUACUCUAUGUGAGACCAGGACUUGAAUGAUCUCAGAGUAGAAACUAUAGCAACCUUCUCUCCUUAUCCAAAAAACAGCCUCCAUCUCUUGAGGCGACACCAAAUUCCCUGCCCUAUAAAUGUCUGAACAUCUCUCUCUCUCUGUCCGUGUGUGUGUGUGUGUGUGUGUGUGUGUGUGUGUGUGAACAACAGCCACCAGAAAAUGAAGCAAGGCAACUGGAAUAGCUGUAGAACUGCCUUUCACAACUUCUGUCCUCUCUAGCCUCGUGCUCUCUCCAUUCCUUGAGGAGAAACGUACUGUCUGUUUAUAGUGGUGGAGAUUCCCCCGUCUGUGGUCAAAGCCCUAGCAAACAUUAGCCAACUAAUUCCUAUACAAAUAUUAUAUGCACAUAUAUAAUGAGUGUCUACCAUGGACCAAAAUCCUUCAGCUAACUUUCUCAAAGCCGUUGUGUGUUUUAACAUUUGUUGUCUCUUGUCGGACCAUUCAAGCGCGACUGCUUUCCGUAUCUGUAAUUGGAAGUCCACGCGGGAUUUAACACAUUUGUCUUUGUAGCCGCCGCGGAGGACUCCUCGUGGCAUUAUGCAAGGUUCGAUUGGAGAAAUUGGAGAAAUUAGGUUAGAGCUAUGUUGUAAAAGUAAUUGAAUAUUUUGAUGUGAAUGUCAAUGUCUUGCCACAGCCGGGUCCCUGGCUGAGAGAGAUAUCCUCACAAGGGGUUAGGACACUGAGGAUAGGAAGCUGAGGAAGGUAUCAUUACAAGAGGUUAGGAAGCUGAGGGAGAUAUCAUUACAAGAGGUUAGGAAACUGAGGUUAGAAAACUGAGGGAGAUAUCCUCACAAGAAGUUAGGACACUGAGGUUAGGAAGCUGAGGAAGAUAUCCUCACAAGGGGUUAGGAAGCUGAGGAAGAUAUCCUCACAAGAAGUCAGAAAACUGUGUGUGCGUACAAAAGAGAAGAGAGUUCGAUCAGUUUCGAAUGGUCUUUGAUGCCUUGCUGUCACCCCUCCAGAGACUGCAUUUGAGCCUGAAGCAAAUGGACCCUGUGUGUGAGUGUUGUAUGUGCUGUGUAUGUUUGUCAACUUCAUACAACCUUUUGCCCUUGCCACGAUAGCCAUCAUAUUUAAUACACCAUUGUCAAACAAAGACGUCUAUCAUUUUGAAAUCGAAUGCAAUAAAAACUGCCUCUUUA